AUGAUUUCGAUAGCCACCUUUAUAUCUCUCGCCCUUCUACCAGUUCUAUUCUUCGCGUUUUGGACCAUAUCGGCCACCGGACCUUCGUCGCCUUUGGCGAAUAGUUUCCCCUCGUUGCAGGAUAAGCGGAUAUGCCUCCUAAUCGCCCAUCCUGACGAUGAGGCAAUGUUCUUUGCGCCGACACUUUUGGCUCUCACAAGGCCUGAGUUAGGAAACCAUGUUAAAAUACUCUGUUUGAGCUCCGGUGAUGCGGAGGGACUUGGUCAUAUUCGCAAAAAGGAGCUCCAAAAAAGCGCGGUGCACCUCGGUUUGCGGGGACCAUCUGACGUAUUCGUCCUUGACGAUCCAUCCCAAUUCCCAGAUAGCAUGACCACCGAAUGGUCUGCAACCACUGUCGGAUCACUUUUAGCCACCGCCUUUGCACCCGGUGCUGUUGCCAACGGAACCCAUGACGAUUCCACGUCUUCAAAACCCGCUUCGACACAACGCCGCAGAGCGUCCAUUCGGACCAACGGCUCUACCAACGGCCACACCUCCCCACCCUCCGCGAGCAUCGACGUCCUCCUUACAUUCGAUAAGUCCGGCGUGAGCCACCAUCCAAACCAUCGCUCCCUGUACCACGGCGCCAGGGCAUUCCUACAGAUACUUAUGAAACGCAACGAGAGCCAUCCUUGUCCCGUUGAUCUGUACACCCUCACUACCACUAAUGUCGUCCGAAAAUAUCUUGGGGUCUUCGACGCACCUAUCAGUAUGUUACUAGGCGCAAUUAGAAAUAUAAUAGCGGGCAUUGGCGAGAGUGACACGGAAAUCAAGGGAAAUGAUCCAUCACCAAAUACAUUACUCUUUGUGAGUAAUGUCGACCAGUGGUUUUCAGGAUGGAAGGCGAUGGUACAGGCGCAUAAGAGCCAAAUGGUCUGGUUUCGAUGGGGAUGGAUCACGAUUGGCCGAUAUAUGGUCGUUAAUGAUUUGAAGAGAGAGAAAAUAUAACCAAUCCUUGUUCUGCUUUUUUAGUCCUCACCCUGUUUCUAAGAACAUAUUAAUAUCUAAUGCAGAAGAAAGCAUGUCCACAGUCAGAGAAAAGAAGUAUGCGCUUGUUCCGGCGGAUGUCUCUGCCAUUGCCGCACUAGAGAGAGCAACAUAGUGUACUUCGAAUUCUCGCCGUGUUUUUAUGUUAAUAAUUUACGUACUUUCCGGCGAGCGAGCUUUUUAGUACCACCAUGUAUGUGUAUAUAGCUGUUAUUCUCUCCGAACUUAUGGCAUUAAAACGGCCAUGGGUGACCAUUUCUCGUCCCAAUUUUGGCCGUAUGA